UGAGAGCAGAAGUGACGUUCCGUGACGACUGCGCGCCUCGGCCCGCGAAGUCCAAAGGGGUUGACGGCAGAGGUCUUGGUGGUGGUGCUUCUGGCGGACUGGGGUGAAUUCCUGGGACCCCCGGUUGUAGAGGGCUCCCUGCGGAGACAAGGGGACCGAGAAUCGCGGAGAUCUUGGAACUGGAGUUCCCUGGAGAGCAGCAUCUUGUCCAGGCACCUUGGGCUGGCAUCGCCCACCUGCAGUGGCUGGGGCCCUGAAAUACUCGGAGGGGGGUUUUGUCUCAUGCACCCUCCCAAGAACCGGCCGCCAUGCCCAAGAUCACCCUGAAUGGUGUGACGGUGGAUUUUCCUUUCCAGCCAUACAAAUGUCAGGAGGAGUACAUGACCAAGGUCCUGGAGUGUCUGCAGAAGAAGGUGAAUGGUGUCCUGGAGAGUCCCACGGGGACCGGGAAGACGCUGUGCCUGCUCUGCAGCACCCUGGCCUGGCGGGAGCACCUGCGUGACGCCAUCUCUGCCCGCAAGAUCGCUGAGAGGGCCCCAGGGGAGCUCUUCCCCGACCGCCCCUUGUCAUCCUGGGGGAAUGCUGCCUCAGAGGGAGACGCCACAGCUUGCUACGCGGACAUCCCGAAGAUCAUAUAUGCCUCCAGGACUCACUCGCAGCUCACACAGGUCAUCAGCGAGCUUCGGAACACGUCUUACCGGCCCAGGGUGAGUGUGCUGGGCUCCCGGGAGCAGCUGUGCAUCCACCCUGAGGUGAAGAAGCAGGAGAGCAACCACCUGCAGAUCCACCUGUGCCGCAAGAAGGUGGCAAGUCGCUCCUGUCACUUCUACAACAACGUGGAGGAGAAGAGCCUGGAGCAGGACCUGGCCACCCCCAUCCUGGACAUCGAGGACCUGGUCAAGAGCGGGAACAAGCACAAGCUGUGCCCGUACUACCUCGCCCGGAACCUGAAGCAACAGGCCGACAUCAUCUUCAUGCCGUACAACUACUUGCUGGACGCCAAGAGCCGCCGGGCACACAGCAUCGACUUGAAGGGGACGGUCGUGAUUUUCGACGAGGCACACAACCUGGAGAAGAUGUGCGAGGAGUCGGCGUCCUUUGACCUGACCCCCCACGAUGUGGCUUCUGGACUGGACGUCUUGGACCAGGUCUUGGAGGAGCAGACCCGGGCGGCGCAGCAGGACGAGCUCCGCUCGGACUUCAGCCUGGACCCCGGCCCAGGGCUGACCCUGCAGCUGGAGGACAUCGCGAAGCUGAAGAUGAUCCUGCUGCACCUGGAGGGGGCCAUCGACGCCGUCCAGCUGCCUGGAGAUGACAGAGGCGUCACCAAGCCGGGGAGCUUCAUCUUCGAGCUGUUUGCCGAGGCCCAGAUCACGUUCCAGACCAAGGGCUGCAUCUUGGACUCCUUGGACCAGGUCAUCCAGCACCUGGCCGGACGCGCAGGGCUGUUCACCAACACGGCGGGACUGCAGAAGCUGGCGGACAUCAUUCAGGUCGUGUUCAGCUCGGACCCGGCAGAGGGGGACCCCAGUUCCACGGGGGCGCCUGGAGCCUCUCAGUCCUACAAGGUGCACAUCCACCCUGACGCCAGUCGCCGGAGGACAGCCCAGCGGCCAGACGCUUGGGGUGCCACGGCCGCCAGGAGGCAAGGGAAGGUGCUCAGUUACUGGUGCUUCAGCCCCGGCCUCAGCAUGCGCGAGCUGGUCCGCCAGGGCGUCCGCACCCUCAUCCUUACCAGCGGGACGCUGGCCCCCGUGUCCUCCUUCGCCCUGGAGAUGCAAAUCCCUUUCCCCGUCUGCUUGGAGAACCCACACGUUAUUGACAAGCACCAGAUCUGGGUGGGGAUUGUCCCCAAAGGCCCCGAUGGAGCCCAGCUGACCUCCGCCUUUGACAAGCGGUUCUCUGAGGAGUGCUUGUCCUCCCUGGGGAAGGCGCUAGUGAACUUCGCCCGCGUGGUCCCCCACGGGCUGCUGCUCUUCUUCCCCUCCUACCCCGUCCUGGAGAAGAGCCUGGAGUUCUGGCGGGCCCAUGACUUUGCGAGGAAGCUGGAAGCCCUAAAGCCGCUGUUUGUGGAGCCCAGGGGCAAGGGCAGCUUCUCAGAGGUGAUGGGCGCCUACUAUGCGAGCGUCACUGCCCCAGGGUCCCGCGGGGCCGCCUUUCUGGCCGUGUGCCGGGGGAAGGCCAGUGAGGGGCUGGACUUCGCUGACGUGAAUGGCCGAGGUGUGGUCGUCACGGGUCUCCCUUACCCGCCACGCAAGGACCCCCGGGUCGUCCUCAAGAUGCAGUUUCUAGAUGAGAUGAAGGGGCGCAGUGGGGCCGCAGGCCAGUUCCUCUCCGGGCAAGACUGGUACCGACAGCAGGCGUCCCGGGCUGUGAACCAGGCCAUCGGGCGCGUCAUCCGGCAUCGCCACGACUACGGGGUCGUCUUCCUCUGUGACCACAGGUUCGCUGGUGCGGACUCCAGAGCCCAGCUGCCAUCCUGGGUGCGUCCCCACGUCAAAGUGUACGACCGCUUCGGCCACGUCAUUCGAGAUGUGGCCCAGUUUUUCCGGGUCGCUCAGAAAACGAUGCCGGUGCCGACCCCGCUGGCUGCCUCAAGCUUGGGUGAGGGCAAAGGCCCCACCCCAGGGGCCCUGUCCCUCGGGCCACUCUCGCCCAAGAAAGCCAAGAGCCUGGACCUGCACGUGCCCAGCCUGAGGCGGAGACCCGCAGGACUGCCGGACACCGGGGACUCUGAGGACUCGGAGGGCGGCCUGUGUGUGGAGUAUGGGCAGGAGCCGGCUCACGGCCAGCGAAGGCCUGUGGGGCUGCUGGCCGCCCUUGAGCAGAGCGAGCAGUCGGCUGGAGAGCCUGGGGGCCAGGCCGGGCCUGCGGAGGAGGAGGUGCAGGCACCGUGCGGCUCCGGCUCAUCCCCGCCCAGGGAGAAGAGGUCUGCCGGGGAGCAGGCAGGAGGGAGAAGGAAGAUCAGGCUGGUUAGCUGCCAGGGCGGGCUGGCAGCCGGCGCCCAGGCGGACAGGGCCCAGCUCUUCAUGGCGGCUGUGAAGCAGGCGCUGAGCCAGGCCAGCUUCGACCGCUUCGCCCGGGCCCUGCAGGAGUACAAGGGCUCGGACAACCUGCAGGCCCUAGUGGGCCACCUCGGCCCCCUCUUUGCUGAAGACCCGAAGAACCACAGCCUGCUCCAAGGCUUCUGCCAGUUUGUGCGGCCACACCACAAGCAGGAGUUCGAGGGGCUCUGCCUCCAGCUGACGGGCCAAGGCUGCGGCCCCCUGCCUGUGCAGAGCCGUCCUUGUGGGCGGGGGGCACGGCCAGCCCUGGACCAUGGUGGCCGGAGGGAGCCUGUCCCCAGGGCGACCCUGUCCCAGGGUGCGGCCAGGCAGCUGGACCCCGGAGGGCAGCUCAACCAGGGCUGGCCUCACCUGGCCUCCAGACCACCACCUGAAGGAGAGGCCAGCAGCCGUCUGCACGAGGGCUGCCGGGCCCCCAGCCCCGAGAAGCGGAGUCAGCCUGCUGCGCGUGCCUACUUGGCCGACGCCCGCAGGGCCCUGGGGGCUGCAGGCUGCAGCCAGCUCCUGGCAGCGCUGACCGCCUAUAAGCGGGACGAUGACUACGAGAAAGUGGUGGCUGUGGUGGCAGCGCUGACCACCUCUCGGCCUGAGGACCUGCCCCUGCUGCAGAGGUUCGGCAUGUUCGUGCGUCCACACCACAAGCUGCGCUUCCGGCAGACGUGCGCAGACCUGACUGGCCGGCCCACCCCCAACACCCCGGAUGCGGGCACCCAGCCACCAGGACCCCAGGACGGGGGCUCCCAGGUGCCUUCCAACCUUAUCCUUGGGGUCACUGAGCCAGGAGCCUCCAAGCCAGAGCGAUCACAGAGCGAGAGCUCCUUCCCCGGACAGCGGCUGGCCAGGGGUGCAGAGGGUCCCAGCCAGUCCCCCAGCGGCCCCCACAGGCAGACACAGCCCACAUAUGGUAGGUCUCGGGAGGAGCUGCUGGGCAAAGGCCUAGGGGCCCCUGGUGGUAAGGCAGGGGACACUCCCUGCCCGUGUCCCUCCUGCACCUGCAGGUCAAGGCCAAGCCUCGGGACAUGGCUCCUGGGCAGCACCUGCUGUGGGGCCAGGUGGUCGAGGGGACCCAGCAUGUGCGUCCAGUGCCCUCUGUGUCCACAGGCCCCUGAGAGGACAUGCUGUGCGGGACCUGCCACCCCACUGCCAGGAGCAGAGCGCCGUGUGGGUCUUCUGGAGACUCCGGGCUGGGCAGGGCUUCGCCAGCUGAGGCUGCCCCUCCCUGGACACAGAAUGGACACUUGCCUGUUGGCGGGCAUGGGCCGGGCCCGGUCACCAAGGGGUCCUGCCCACCAGGGAGGCCGGUCCAGCGAGCACAGGGCGCCCCUGAGCCGGUAUCCAGGGUCGGACUGCCUGGGAGAAGCCCCAGAGCUGCUGUGCAGGGGUCACAGGAAGGUGCUUCCCCAGGUUUCCCUGGCUGCUGACUUGUGGGUGGGGCCUCAGGGCUCUGCAGCAGGAAGGGCGGCCCUCUGCUCCCGGCCGGGGACCUGCUCUGGGGGACCAGGCAGUGGGCCUGGUCUCAGGGGACAGGCUCUCCAAUAAAGCACUGACACCCCUGGAUGCUGUCCGUGUGGCCUGAGCUCGGGGGUGGGUGGGUUGGAGGUGCCAGGAAAGCAGGGGGGGUGCCCGCACAGCU